GCAGAACAUCCAGCAGUCGUGCGAGCCGGUGGUUUUAUUUUGCAGUGCACCGGAGUGCAAACAUUAAGAGCAUGACCAUUGCGACGUCAGUCGGUGGGCCGUCUCUGUGCCAGCAACACAGCAACACAUGCUCAGUUCGAGGUCCGCCCGUCCGGCGUCCGUCGUCUAUCCGUCCUCUCAGUUCCUCUGGUUUGGUUUGACUUGGUCGUUGGACUGGUCCGGGUGCGAGCAUGAGUAUCGUGCGCCCAGAGCUUUGUGUUCGUGGAUCCGCAACCAGUUUGCUGGCACCAAUCGUCCUUUGCGCUUGUGCACGUCGCUCUGGUGCGUGUGGGGCGGUCCGCGUUCCGCGCUCGAAAUCGCAAUCUCAACAAAAUUGGAGCGAAAUCAGUUCCGAACUCGUGGCGAUAGUUUUCCAGUUGUGUGUAGUUUCCGAAAAUAUCUGUGGUAUGCGCGGACCUACGGAAAACCUGGACGAACGGAAAGGUUCAUACCAAAGAAAGAAAGUCGUUUCGAUUGCAGUUUGCACUGUUUAAAAUAGCAAACAAAAUAAAUAAGCACUGUUUUACCGGCUCCGCGCCACACUCUCACUCUCGGUGUCCACCGAUCUCCUCUCCGCUCCGCUCCGAGUGCUAUUUUCUCUCACAUCGCUUGCAUAACCGAGAGCAAAAACAGUACACCUCGCCGAGGCAGAUUGCAGAUGCAGAUACAGAUACCGCGCCUAGUAGUGAACCUGCAGAUGCUCUGGCGAGCGCAUGCAAUUGGCAUUGUCUGCGAUGCUUUCAAAAUAAUAUUAAAACAUCAAAUAAUGAAUAAACAGCAAAGUGAAACAUAAAUUUUUCAAUUAUCUAAAGACACACUUAAAAAAUAAUACUAAAAUCUAUCAAUCUCUCAACUUGGUAUAUAAUAUUUCUAAAUAACUAAAUGUUUGUCAGAAAUAACGUCUAUAUGCUCGAUAACUUAAAAUCCCUGAGAAUAAACUUUAAACUCUAGUUAGUUAACCCUAGAAAAUGCUUCAAAAAUUAGCUUGAAGCUAACAUUAAACAUAGACUUUCGAACACUUAAAUAGGAUACCAGAAACUGCAGACAUGGUUUCGGAGGAGAACUGGAAUAGCGACACUAUGUCCGACUCGGACAUGAUCGACUCGAAGAAUGACGUCUGUGGCGGCGCCUCCAGCUCCAGUGGGAGCUCCAUCUCGCCCAGGACGCCGCCCAACUGUGCCCGCUGCCGCAAUCACGGCCUGAAGAUCACCCUGAAGGGACACAAGCGGUACUGCAAGUUCCGCUACUGCACCUGCGAGAAGUGCCGACUGACGGCGGACCGCCAGAGGGUGAUGGCCUUGCAAACGGCCUUGCGACGGGCCCAGGCGCAGGACGAGCAGCGGGCACUGCACAUGCACGAGGUGCCGCCCACCGGCACGGCCACCACCACUUUGUUGGGUCACCAUCACCAUGGCGCUGCCCCUGCCCACGUCCACGCCCACCACGUGCACGCACAUCACGCCCACGGACACCACUCGCAUCACGGUCAUGUCCUGCACCACCAGCAGGCAGCAGCGGCAGCAGCCGCCGCCGCAGCAGCCCCGACGGCCCCGGCCUCCCAUUUGGGUGGCUCUGCCACGGCGGCCUCUAGCCUCCAUGGCCACGCCCAUGCCCACCACGUCCACAUGGCCGCGGCAGCAGCCGCCUCAGCGGCCCAGCACCAGCACCAGAGCCACCCACACGCGCACCACCAUCACCAGCACCACCUCCAGCACCCGCAGCAGCAGGCGCCCCCGCAGCAGACGGCGCUGCGGUCUCCGCCGCAUAGCGAACACGGCGGCAGUGUGGGUCCGGCCAGCAGCAGCUCGGGCGGUGCGUCGGCCAGCUCGAACAACGCCGCAGCGGCCACCUCGAGCAGCGGACCUAGCAACGGCGCAGGAACUAGCAACGGCGGCACCAGCUCCGGAAGCGCAGUAGCGGGAGGAAGGUCCUCGGGCACAUCGGUGAUCACCAGCGCCGACCACAUGACUACUGUGCCAACGCCCGCACAGUCGCUGGAGGGCUCCUGCGACUCGUCCUCGCCCUCGCCAUCGUCCACUUCCGGCGCCGCCAUUUUGCCGAUCUCAGUUUCCGUCAACCGCAAGAAUGGCGCCAAUGUGCCCUUGGGCCAAGACGUUUUCCUAGACUAUUGCCAAAAGCUACUAGAGAAAUUCCGCUAUCCGUGGGAGCUUAUGCCGCUCAUGUAUGUGAUAUUGAAGGAUGCAGACGCCAACAUUGAAGAGGCUUCCCGGCGUAUUGAAGAGGGCCAAUACGUUGUGAAUGAGUACUCCCGUCAGCAUAAUUUGAAUAUCUAUGACGGGGGUGAGCUACGCAACACAACGCGGCAAUGUGGAUGAUAAUUUUUCAUUAACUAAAGUAACGAAUAUUGCCCUGAUAUUAAUUGUUCAGCUUCACAUAUUAGCUUAAAGCUUCGGUGAAAUCGCGCGAAUUUAACUUUCGUAUCUUAAAGUUGAGUAACUUAGGGUUUUAAGAACGAAUCCUCUGUACAUAUAUCGAAUUUAUCGGUAAGCUAAAGCGCAACUUGGACUAUCUUCAAUCAACAAGCCAAAUAUGUCGAUUAUGCCGCCGGUCCCCACGUCGCUUUUCUUCAAUCAACAUUACCCCAUGAUGAGAAGUCUGGCCGCCAGUCAUCAAUCAACAUUCUCUUCUCUUCAAUCAACAAUCCCCCAAUGGAUCAUUUUGCAACCAAACGCUUGCCGCCAACGAACUAAAAUAAUCGAAAAUACCUAUUUAAAGUUUUCCACCGUUUUCGAAAAUGCCAAUGCCAAAUCAACGAUCAACAUUUCAACACGUUCGCAUCACAAAUCCGCACAUUGGUUGUAUAGUUUAGUUUAGUUUCACUUUAUUUAAGUCUUGCUUUAAACAAUUAACCGUCUUAGCGCCACACAUCAGUCAUUUAUUUUAUUUUUCACUUACUUUAUAGCUUAAAUGAAUCCAAGUACAAAUGAUGAUUUUUUUAAUUGCACUCAAUAGGGGUCGGGGAGAAAACUACGUGUAGACUCAUUCAAAAUCUCAAAUUUCUUCUCUACAUGUGAAUUUUAUUCCUAGACAAAGUACUUGGAAAGAAACCCUUGAAAUAAUGAAUGCAGAUUUUCUGUGGGUCUCGGUGUCAAAUUGUUGUGAGAUGGUGCACAAAUUAAUUAUAUGUAUAUUUAGGUUAACUCUAUCGAUGUCUUGCGAAACUCUAAUUGUAAUUUUUAAUAACAACAAUAUUACUCAUUCACAUUGUAAAAUAUUGUUACCAACUUAAGUAAAACUUAGCCCAACGGAAUAUUAUAAAAAGGAUAAACCUGAAAUGUCAAAAAAUAAACUAUUUUCCUUAAACAAAAUAAGUGUUGAUAAGAAAGGCUCAUCGUUUAAUAAUGAAAUGGAAACCGAGAAAUCCCGGAAAUCGGGGUAUCACUAAAAUGGAAGCAUCAGCUGUUGUUUGUUUUGUUGAUGACAUUAAAAAUUGUAACGAUUGCUUUUCAAGUUGUUGCCAUUUCACGAAUCCAUUACCAUUGCACAUCCCAGCACCUUCAGAUGAAGUUUGCCGGGUCCGGGCAGAGCCCGGAGUUGGGAGUUACUUGUGUCGCCACUGCUGCUGGGAUCGUAAAUGCAUCAUUAAACCGAAAAAUGCAUGCAAAAAAUUUACGACAUUGCCAGCACCGCUGCUCCAAGGCCUGCACUUAGAAAAUAUUUUCUGGGAAAUUGCAAAUACUCAGCCGCACAAAUUAUUUUUUGCCUUACCAAAAUUUUUCAAUGAUUUUGAAAGAUAAUAUAUAAGCAACUAACAAAGUUAAUAUGACAUGGGUCAGAAUAGGGG